AUGAAAUAUUCCUGGCUGCUCGGGCUGUCACUUUUUGUGAUUUACGGUAAGUUGAAUUGAGCAAGAGAAAUAGUGACUUAUUUUAUUUGGCUUGUUUUUCAGCAAAUCGUUGUUGGUCAUUGACAAAUGGUUGGGUAAGUUGGCAUUCAAAUUUUGUCGUAUUUUAAAGAGUAUGGUGAAAAACAUAUCUCUCCAACCCAUUUGACCAUCCACGCGCACGACUCAUAUCGCUGAAAUGUGUUUCAUAUCUCUGCACUUUUGUCGAGACAGACCGCCAAAUUUACGCAAACUUUUCAGCGUUUUGCGAAAGUCUCGCGACAAAAUGUUUUCCAUCGAGGCACUCCUCUAAAGUUGCGCAAUACCGCGAAAUUUACGCAAAUUGGGCAGUGUCCAUAAAUCGCGGAAACCUUGCGCGUGAUUCCCUGAGUAUUGUCCAUUAUGUUGAAUUGAUCAGCGGCGAAUGAGGAGAAACAUUUUUUUUCGAAAAAUACAUUUUCGAAAGCUGGCGGUCUUUUUAUACACUCAGGGAAUCACGGGCGAGAUCUACGCGAUUCGCGUGGAUGGUCAAGUGGGUAAGAGGAAUGUGUGCGAGGCGGAGAGUGACGGAUUGAGGCCGGCCGAGUGAGUAUGAUCAAAAGCGAUUAGUUGUGUCUCGCGUCGCCUCUACUUUUUGAUUUUUGAGAGAGCACCGCGAGAUUUCCGCGAUUCGCAGACAGAAAACCGCGAAAUCGCGGAUUUCUGGGUCCCGCUAAUCGCGGAGAUCUAACCCGUGAUUCCCUGAGCAUAUUUUGUUUUUAAGAAUGAUUGUCCAACCUCCGAUACGAGUUAUAAUGUAAAAAGCGACGGACUAUGUCCCCCAAAUUCUUAUUCUAUCUAUGGUCCACAGUAUCGUAAAUGUUGUGGUAAGUUUGAGUAAAUUAAAAUUGGUGGUUGGAGUUUCAAAUCGCUUCCAUAGAACGAAACAUCGUGUUUUUAUUUGAAAAAUGCCAUGAAGUGAUGUAUCCUCAACCACUUUACAGACUCUGCAAGUAUAACUGUAUAAAUGUGUUGUUUUUCCAGAAAACAUUGCAUAUUGUGUUACCGGAAUGACAUCUAAAUUCAUUUACUCAAAUGGUGAUGAACUGGUGUAUGCGUCAAGGCGUUAUGCUGACUUCGGUUUCGAUUAUUUAGAGCCAAUAUUUAGACUCGUUUAUUAUAAUCAUACUAAGCCUGAUCACAUUGCUUGCCGUAAGUUAAUUACAGCUAACUAGUUGGAGAUAAGUUUGAGGUGCUUCAAAAGUUGUUUAGUUCCUGGUUUCCUUUCAUUUCCUGUUUUCAUCCGAAAUUAAAUUCGAAAAUCAUUUCAAUGGAAAAUACUGGAAUGUGAUCUUUUUAUCACAAAAAGUGCCGAACGGGUACAACAAAAUUCCUGUGAACAAUGGUUCCCCCCCCACCCUCUCUCAUUCUUGGGAUGUCGCAAUUUCGACAUUCAUCCCAUUUUUUCCGAAAAUUAUACAUAAAAAUUCAGCAAUUCCGGUUGGGUGGAUAUGGUUCGAUCAAUUUUGGCAAGUAGCAACACCACGCCAAGCAACGGUUUCCAAACAUUUAUUACCGUAUGGUGAUAAAGGCGACGAUUAUAAACACAAAAAACCGAAGACUUGCGAAAAACAUUCGGAUUGCGACGAAUUCGAUAGAUUUUGCGGAAAUGUUGUGAAUCCUGAAUAUGAAGGCGGAGUCUGCCAAAGUAUGUGAAAAUUUUCCAUUUUUUUCUGACAAAAAUUCGAUUCACAAGAGAAGGCGAACGCGCCGAAUUAACUUUUUCUGUAAGUUUGGAAUUUUAACUAUCACCCCUAGGGUGCACAACUCGCCCAAAACAUGAUUACGUGGCAAAGUUGUCACAAAUGUCAAAAAUCGGACUUUUUGGGCACUGUAAUUCAUUCCAGAGACGAUAUUUUUGAAUUCUGAUUUCACAACGUUGUUCAACAGGGUCGAUUACCUGAAGAUUCGAACUAUCUAUCAAGAAAAUUUUUGAAAUUUGAGAUUUUGAGCUUUGAGCUUCAGGAGGUAACAUGAAAAUUUUCCAAAAAUCAAAAAAGUAGUUUUGAACUGACCAAAUCGACCGUGCUAAACAACGCUGUGAAAUCAGAAUUCAAAAAUAUUAUAUCUGAAAUGAAUUACAUACAGUACCCGAAGAAUCCGAUUUUUGACAGUUGUGAAAACGUUGCCACAACAACUAUGCUUUGGGCGAGUUGUGCACCCUAGUGGAUCAAUUCAUCUGAAGAAAAAAUGAAUUGAUCCAUAGGACUUUUGGAUUAUUUAUCCCUUGAAGUGAUAGCUAAACUGCCAAAGUCACAGGAAACGUUUAAUCGAGGCGUUCGCAAAAAACCACAAAAAUAGUUUUUGACAUUUGCUUUUUACGUCGAUAAACGUUUUUAUUUCAGAAUUUCAGUACUUCUUUUUUAUUUCAAUGAUUUCUCAAAAAAAAAUUCUGAAUUAUAAACUCGUUCCCAAAAACGGUUCCCUUGAUUACUAUGUAUAUAAACUUUUUAGAUGAUGAAAAUAAAGAUUGUACCAUUAGAACUGACUGUCCUAACAAAGGAUGGUGCGAUCCGAGAAUCUUUUUGAAUAAAUGGACAAUGAUGGAGAAAACGCAAAAGUUUUGCUAUCAAAGUGAGUUAAAAAGCGUGUUUGUGUCUAAUGCACUUUCUUGUUAACUUCGAACAUAUAUCUUUUUCAGAUCCUGAACUUCCGGAAAAUACUGGCCUUGAACAAUUUCAAAAACGAGAUUCUACACUCAACAUUUUUGCGUGCAACAACAACGAUGAUUGUAAUAUUGGAACUGACAAAAGUGGAAAAUGUAUAGAGAGUAAAAUUGGAAAUUGGACUGGAUAUGUGCCAAAUGCAGAUCCGACAAAACUUGGAACACGCAAAAGUUAUUUGGGAUUGUGUAUUGAGCCAAAACCAAUAUCAUUCAUUUUAUCGUCUAUAUUCAUUGAUCUGAAUAUUAACGACAAAAAGGCAAGUGUUGGCAAAAAAUAUUUGCCAGUUGAUUGGAAAGAUAAGCCGAAAUAUAAGGAUGAAAUGAAACAGUGUACAAAAAAUGGCGAUUGCAAAAACGAUGAAUUUUGUGACAAUGUCUACAGUUUUAACAAUGAUGCCAAUUUCGAUCCAGACAACAGAUUUUGCUUCAAACUUCCCGAUCUUCCACAAUCCCCACCUCCUAAUACAACUGUUCGUUAUACAGUUGUCGAAGAAAUUGUUGGUUUGAUUGCUUGUCGAAAUCACGAGGAUUGCAAAACAGGCGGUGCUGAUGGAAAUUCAUUCUGUUACACGUUGGGUGAUUUCACAUAUGUGAAACUAGACAAAGAUGGAAAUAAGCCUCCAACACUCGGAAAGGUUAAAGGUAUUUGUAUGAGUGCAAACACAUGCGAUGAUCCUUUAAACAAUUAUGUAUGGAAAGACGGUGGAGUGGCAAAAAGUGGAAAUUGUGAAAAUGAUGUUGGUUGUGUGGAUGGUGGAAAAACGAAAGAACCUGCAUAUUCGCAAGAAGUAUUCCAGUAAGUUUUUUUUUAAAAAAUCAAAUAUUCGUAAGGCGGUGGGGCAGAUUAGUUUCUCCCCCGGGAGAAAUGGGGAGAAAGAGGAGAAAAGUGGUGCAGAAACGCGAGAAGAAAGAGGAGUUUCUGCCUUUUCUCCCAAACCGUAUCGUGCCGAGACCCUUCCUGGAAAAUCUCUGCUCCUUUAAUCGAGUCGAAAUACGGAACUAUAUCGGUCUUAUCGAUGAAUGGUCUCGACACGAUGAUCCGGAUACUGUAGGAGGAGAAAAGGCAGGAACUCCUCUUUCUCCCCGCGUUGCUGCACCCUUCUUCUCUUUCUCCCCAUUUCUCCCGGGGGAGAAACUAAUCUGCCCCACCGCCUAGGGCUCAACACGAGAACACGAGUCUGCACAAUUAAAUGUAUCGAAAAUCUGAGCUCGCGAAAAAAAUAUUUGUUUUGUUACAGACCGAUUUGUAAGAAGGAUAGAUCAUUCAGUACAAUUGGAUUGUGUUGCUAUCGUUCAACUAAACAAUGCCCUGCAGGAAUUGUUGUCAAGCCCAAUGUGAGAUGUGGAAACGGCUCGAGCCCUUACACUCCAUUUGCACAAUGUUAUGAUGGUCCGGAAAAGUUGAAGGAGCAAAAUGUUGGAUUGAAAGUUUGGUGUCACACAAAAAUCAAUCAAUGCUGUCAACAUCAAACGUAUCCAAUGUGUCCAGACCAACAAACACCGUUAUUCAACGAACCGGCGUGUGAAAACUCGAAACCGAAUGAAGAGAGCAGUGGAACAUGUGCGGCUAAAAAAGGAGGAAUUUGUAAAUGGGGGCAUUGUUGUCCAAAUGCAAAGGUUGACUCGACUGGAAAAGUUGUCAAACCCGAAUAUCCUUAUAAGACCGAACAACCGUGCAAACCAGGUUAUAUUCCCCAACAAUUUACGGAUGGAUAUUGUGAUCCGGUUUCGGAAAAAGUGGUUAUUAUUGGAAAGAAAUCUGAAGACGGUCAAAAGUUGAAGCAAUGGCCAGAAGAUGAUCCGAAAACAUGCCAAGCCGAUUUUGAAUGUUCCACUGACAAAUCGAAACUUUGUUUGAGAGUUGAAUCAACUGGAACUGUUUUCAAAUGCUAUUAUAAUCCAUUAAAAAGCAAUGCAAAACAAGAAGAAGAUUCAAAUAUGUUGAUUAUCAUUCUUGUUGUUGUAGCUGUGGUUGUUAUAUUGGUGGCUGGUGGAAUUGGCGGAUUUUUGUUUUGGAAGCUUAAGAAGAAGGGAAAGAAAGGAAAGAAAGGAAAGAAGGGAAAGAAGGGGAAUAAUGUGAGCAGUUCAACUGAAAAAACUGGAAAGAAAGAAAAGAAGGACAAGAAGAAGAAGAAGAAGAAAAAGAAGGGAAAGAAAGGAAAGAAGGACAACACUACAACUGGAGAUAACUCAACUUCGAUGACUGGAGUUAGUGGAACUGGAACUGGAUAUUCGCCAGCUAUUUUUUAA